UCCUAUUAUUAUAAAUUUGGAAGCUUUGAAAGCACGAGAUCAGAAUUUUUUGUUUACUCUUUUGGUUCCGGUAGAAUCAUCAUGAACCAUUUGGGUUUUCAUCUUCUGUUUCUGAACUGUCUAACAUUCUUCUUCAGAUUUUUCCCUUGCCAAGCACAGGUUUCAACUAGUGCUCCUUCUCAAGAUGUUGUCUCCAAUUUCCGACCAAGUCUUGCGGUUGUCAUAGGAAUCCUCAGCUUCAUGUUUGUUCUAACAUUCUCUCUCCUCAUGUUUGCCAAGUGCUGUAACAGAGGAGCUUCAUCAGUUCAUGGCAACCCAGAAGGUCAACCUUGGCUUAUCAGAACGAGGUCAAGAUUCUCAGGAAUCGACAAGACUGUCAUAGAAUCACUUCCCUUCUUCAGAUUCUCUUCCUUAAAAGGAUCAAAAGAAGGUCUUGAAUGUGCUGUUUGCUUAUCAAAGUUUGAGGACAUUGAGAUUCUCAGGCUACUUCCGAAGUGUAAACAUGCCUUUCACAUUAAUUGCAUCGAUCAUUGGCUUGAGAAGCAUUCUAGCUGUCCUCUUUGUAGACACAGGGUUGAUCCUGAAGAUCAGACCAUUUUCACAUAUUCUAACAGCUUGAGGCUGCUCAUUAAUGGUGGAGCAGAACUGGAGGAAGAAUCCAACCUAGGGCUUUUUAUUCAGAGAGAGGAACAAGAACAGCCAAAUGGAUCAUCAUCAAGAUUCAAUUUUGGAAGCAGCUUCAGGAGAAUCAUGAAGGGUUCUACAAAAGAGGAAAUUGCAGCUGAUGAAGAUGGUGGUGGUGAUCACAAAAAGGUCUUUCACAAGCACAAACACAAGAUUACUGCAUCAGAUUUCGUUUUGAAGAAUCGAUGGAGCAACGUGAGCUCCUCAGACCUCAUGUUCUUGAACUCGGAGAUGCUUGGUUCUACUUCAAGUGUAAGACUUAACAGUAUAGCACUUAAUGAUCAUGAUCAGAGUCAGGUUUCACCAGAAGAAUUAGAAAAUGGGCAAGUUAUGAACAUCAAGGAGGAGAUGGGAAGGGAGGUUUCUUUUGACAACAAAGUGAUGAGUGGACUGAAGAAUAACCUCAAUUCUGAUUCAGAUUCUGCAGGAUAUCCCAGCCAUACAUCCAAAAAUGUGAAUCCAGAUGAGAAAAGAUCAGUAUCAGAUAUCACAGCUGUCCCUAGAUUUGAAGCUUUGGGCAUGAAAAAUGAUAAUAAGGGUUCAUCUUUGGUUGAUGAUCAGAACAAUGUGAAAGAGGAAAGAGUGAGGCAGAUUUGGCUACCAAUUGCCAAAAGAACAGUUCGAUGGUUUGUGAACAGAGAAAAAAGGUUUCAGCAAUCUCUGAAUGUAUAGCUUCAAUCUCAUCCAUCACCAACUUCAACAAGAACCCUUGGAAGACAGAUUAUAACUAUUGGAGACUUGCUGAAGUGAUCACAGACAAAAAGCACUUUUUUCAUAAAGUGCAUUAAAUACUGUCAGAACUCUCAUUCAUGUGUAGACAAGAGUGAUCCAAACAUGGAUGAGCUCUCUUCACCUUAGUGUACUUAUCACUUCACAUUGGCUUAAGCAUGGGCCAAUUAGGGUAUAAAGUGUGCAUGAUAUGUAUAA